UGCUCAACCCCGAUUAUAACUCGUUUAUCUGUCGAAUAAACAAGCCGACGAUAUUUUAUGCGGUAAAGGUUUGGGUUAAUACAGUAGCCUACAGUAGGUGGUAGAAGGUACAGGUACAUAAUGGAGAGAGGGAUAAGUGAAUCAGUGCGGUGUGUGUGCGUCAUGAAUGGGCCAGAGCUUUGGAGAAUUGAUCAGUUGCUCAUUAUUUAGCUUAGCUUGCCAACUGAUCGGAGCUGUUUCGGGUUGUGUUUCACAAACUGAUAUCCUGAGAGCCCCCACCCCACAUUCGUCCUCAACUGCCUCCUCCCCCUCUUUUUUUUCACAGGGGCGCUUGACGAAGAGUAACGAGGCUAACAGACAGCUCAACACUGAGAGAAAUAAGGAAAAGAGGGAUCCGAGCGUUCUCGUGAACGGAUUGUCCUCGCUCGGGGAAGAUGAGUAGAUCGCACACGGCCCAGAGCCUCGUGAAGAAGAGCGGCAAUGGGAACCCGGAGAUGUCACCGCUGUCCGCUCACGAUUGAUGGUUUUACUUUUUGUGUGUCCCUUCAUUGGAUUUUAUGACGGUUGGAUUGGUCCUGCACUGAGAUGCCAGUAAUGGCCCUGGCGAAAAAGAUGACACCUUACCAGUGAGAAAAAAAUCAAUCGAUCCUUGUGAUCUCAUUUUUGCAUCCGACUUUAAACAUAUGUCGUAAAGAAGAAGGAAAAUGGAUUUACGUAGAAAAUCACAGAUCUGUCUUGUAGUGGAGAUCGCAAAUGCAUGCGAGUGAACGUGAACGAGAGGUGACCGAGGAAGGCAGAAUAUAGAUACACCGUGCCAAAUAUUGCGGAUGUUACUAAAUAAAUAAAUAAUUCGAUUUAUACCAUAUUUUUGCUUUUCUAAAGAGAUGCUGAUACUGUAAACAUUAGAAUGUAUCGUUGAAAAUGAACUCAAAUGAUUGUUAUAAAUGUUUGCAUUAUUCUUCACUUGAGGUUAUUACACCUAGCUCGUAUAAAUGAUACUGGCUAUGAUGAUUACAACCUGAGUUUCCAAGGAAGAUCCACUGGAGCAAGAAAGACACAGUUCUGGAAAAUAGGAGAAUGGAGCAUCAAAAACCGAGAUAUUUAUUCAAUAAUUACAUUGCCAUGGAAAUAUGUCGGGCAUGAUUUUGGACAUAAAAUAAAGUAAGGAUGGACCAUUUCCUAUGUUGAAAAGGGCAACGAACCUGUGAACUACAUAAUAUAAGGCACGCUUAGCCUAUUUCGUUGGCUUGUUUUUCGCUCGUUUGCUUUUGUAAUAUUUUCCUCUGCCCUAAGAAUAAGCGUCAUCUCCUGGAUCCCAAACGCCACAUGAAACCCAGGAAGACAAAUGUAUACUCCAGUUAUACACGUAUUUAGUUUUAAAGCAGAUGGGUUGUAAUGUGGUGUGGUCGCGUUGAACAUUCACCCCUCUUUCUCCUGCUUCGUGAAGACUGGCAUUUGGUGUCUAUAGAAUGGCUCGGUUCGGUGAUGAGGUGCCGUCCAGGUAUGGCGGAGGACCGGGACACGCUCAAGGGGGCCCCGGCCGCGGCGGUAGCAGGCAGGGCGGCCCGCCGGGUGCUCAGCAGAGAGUGUACAAGCAGUCAAUGGCCCAACGAGCCAGAACUAUGGCCCUGUACAACCCUAUACCGGUGCGGCAAAACUGCUUCACUGUCAACCGAUCUCUGUUCAUCUUCAGUGAGGACAACUUUGUGAGAAAAUACGCUAAAAAGAUCACCGAAUGGCCUCCAUUUGAGUACAUGAUCCUGGCUACCAUCAUCGCUAACUGCAUCGUCCUGGCCCUGGAACAGCACCUUCCGGAUGGGGACAAGACACCAAUGUCAGAGCGCUUGGAGGACACAGAACCCUAUUUCAUUGGCAUUUUCUGUUUUGAGUCGGGCAUUAAGAUCUUGGCUCUGGGCUUUGCCUUUCACAAGGGCUCCUACCUACGAAAUGGCUGGAACGUGAUGGACUUUGUAGUUGUGCUUACUGGAAUCCUGUCCACAGUGGGGUCGGACUUCGACCUGAGGACGCUGCGUGCUGUACGAGUGUUGAGACCUCUCAAACUGGUUUCUGGAAUUCCCAGCCUGCAGGUGGUGCUCAAAUCUAUCAUGAAGGCCAUGAUCCCUCUGCUGCAGAUUGGACUGCUGCUCUUUUUUGCCAUCCUUAUGUUCGCAAUCAUUGGUCUUGAGUUCUACAUAGGCAAAUUCCACACCACAUGCUUUGACAUCAUCACUGAUGAAAUCCGUGAGGAGUUUCCAUGCGGGGUCGCGCCACCCUCUCGACUCUGUCCUAAUGGAACAAUCUGUAAGACGUACUGGUUAGGACCUAACUAUGGUAUAACCCAGUUUGACAACAUCCUGUUCGCCAUCCUCACAGUCUUCCAGUGCAUCACCAUGGAGGGCUGGACCGACCUGCUAUACUAUAGCAAUGAUGCUUCAGGGAGUGCAUGGAACUGGAUGUACUUCAUCCCUCUCAUCAUCAUCGGCUCUUUCUUCAUGCUCAAUCUUGUUCUGGGUGUGCUGUCAGGAGAGUUUGCCAAAGAGAGGGAGCGUGUGGAGAACAGGAGCGAGUUUUUAAAACUCAGGCGUCAGCAGCAGAUAGAGAGAGAGCUGAAUGGAUAUCUGGAGUGGAUCUGCAAAGCAGAAGAGGUGAUUCUGGCCGAUGAGGAUAAUGACCCAGAUGACCGGAUGCCCUUUGAUGGAUCAAGGAGGAGGCCUACCAUCAAGAAAAAUAAAACAGACCUGCUCGAUGCAGAAGAUGGAGAUGGUGAUAUAGGUUCUCCGUUCGCACGUGGCAGUCUGAAGAGCUCCAAACUGGAGGGCUCCUCCUUCAGGAAAAAAGAGCGACGACUGAGAUUCUUCAUUAGGCACAUAGUUAAAACCCAGGCGUUUUAUUGGAUCGUGCUGUGUCUGGUGGGACUCAACACCCUGUGCGUGGCUGUUGUGCACUACAACCAACCCGACCUGCUUUCUGACUUUCUCUACUAUGCUGAAUUCAUCUUCCUUGGGAUCUUCAUGUCAGAGAUGUGUAUUAAGAUGUAUGGGCUGGGGACCAGACCUUAUUUUCACUCCUCGUUCAACUGUUUUGACUGCAUUGUCAUUUGUGGCAGCAUUUUCGAGGUGCUCUGGUCUAUGCUCCAGCCAGGAACCUCGUUUGGGAUCAGUGUGUUGCGAGCUCUCAGGUUACUGAGGAUCUUCAAAGUGACCAAGUAUUGGGCAUCUCUGAGGAACCUGGUGGUGUCUUUGUUGAACUCCAUGAAGUCCAUCAUCAGUUUACUCUUCCUCCUCUUCCUCUUCAUCGUGGUCUUUGCUUUGCUGGGCAUGCAGCUGUUUGGAGGACAGUUUAAUUUUGAAUCUGGCACACCACCAACAAACUUUGAUACGUUUCCUGCAGCAAUAAUGACCGUGUUUCAGAUCCUGACGGGUGAAGACUGGAACAUGGUGAUGUAUGAUGGGAUUGCGUCUCAGGGUGGAGUUAAAAAGGGCAUGGUCUUCUCAGUCUUCUUCAUAGUUCUCACACUCUUCGGCAACUACACUCUGCUCAAUGUAUUCUUGGCCAUCGCCGUCGACAAUCUAGCCAAUGCACAAGAGUUGACCAAGGAUGAGCAGGAGGAAGAGCAGGCAGCCAAUCAGAAGAUGGCUCUUCAAAAGGCCAAGGAAGUUGCUGAGGUCAGCCCACUGUCUGCAGCCAACCUCUCCAUUGCAGCCGUGACAGUAAACUCUGAGCGUCUCGACGCAACAGAACACUUUCUUGACUGUAAGGAGCAACAGAAAAACAAUAAAGGUUGUAAGUCAAUAUGGGAACAGCGCACCAGUGAAUUGCGAAGGCAGACGCUGGUGAACAGCAGAGAGGCUCUUUACAAUGAGCUGGACCCUGAAGAUCGCUGGAAGGUCUCGUACUCCCGCCACAUUCGUCCUGAUAUGAAGACCCACCUGGAUCGCCCGCUGGUCGUGGACCCUCAAGAGAACCGCAACAAUAACACAAACAAAACCUGUCCAGGUGAGGGCCAGCCACAGCGCUCAAAUCAGCUCAUGCACAAACAGUCAAACUUCAAUGAUGCAGAGAACGAAGGUGGAGGAUCUGGACCGUGGCCCCUGGAACGGGGAGAUUCCACAGGGUCCCGUCGGAGUCUGUUGGGCUCUGAGAACCAGGGGGACGGUCGAGGGUCCCACCGCAAGCAUCAGCACGGUGAACGCUGCAGCCAGGCCCGACAGCACCGCAGAGCCCAAGAAGAGGAGGGAGAGGGCGGAGGGAGGAGACACAGAAAUAAGGGCAGGGAAAGAGGGACUGAGUGUGAACAUGCGGAUGGAGGAGAGCGUAAACACAGACGUCAUCGGCAUGAAGGCGAAGGCCGGAAAGAAAGAGGGGAGAGGGUGCGACACCGCACUAGGAAGGAAGGUCACAGCGGCGGUCCCACCCUGUCCACAACCCGCCCCAUUCAGAAGACUCUGUCCAGGCAGGACAGUCAAUACAGUGAGGACCUGGACAAUGCCAUGAACAACAACAAGCUUGCCACCCAGCAGCCCACCCCACAUGACAGCCUGCUCAAUCUGGCCAACAGUGCCCACACUGCCGGCCUGGUGCAUCCCGGCACUGAGAGCAGCUUCAUUCCCAUCAACCCUUCCUCGAACACUACUAUUGUUGCUAGUACUGGUAAUAUGGGCAUGAAACCUGAGUAUACUGCUUUGGACAUGCCGCCCAUGUUCCCCUCCAGUAACGCCAUCCUACAAGUCAAUAGGAACGCCAACACGGAGCCUCUGCCCAAGAAGGAAGAUACCAAAGGUGAUGAUGAUGAUGAUGAUAAAGAUGAGGGUGGACCUAAACCCAUGCCCCCCUACACCUCAAUGUUCAUCUUAACUACAACCAACCCGUUUCGAAGGUUGUGUCACUAUAUCGUCACGCUUAGAUAUUUUGAGAUGUGUAUCCUGCUGGUCAUUGCGAUGAGCAGUAUUGCAUUGGCCGCUGAAGAUCCUGUCUGGCCUGAAUCCCCCCGAAACAAUGUCCUGCGUUAUUUUGAUUAUGUCUUCACUGGUGUGUUCACCUUUGAGAUGCUUAUUAAGAUGGUGGAUUUGGGUCUUGUUAUGCAUCAAGGCUCAUAUUUCCGUGACCUUUGGAACAUCCUGGACUUUAUAGUGGUUAGUGGUGCCCUGGUGGCGUUUGCCUUCACAGGAAGCAGCAAGGGGAAGGAUAUCAGUACUAUCAAGUCUCUGCGUGUGCUCAGAGUGUUGCGCCCUCUGAAAACCAUCAAACGUCUACCCAAGCUAAAGGCGGUUUUUGAUUGUGUAGUGAACUCUCUAAAGAAUGUGCUGAACAUCCUCAUUGUCUACAUGCUGUUCAUGUUCAUCUUUGCUGUGGUGGCCGUGCAGCUCUUUAAAGGCCGUUUCUUCUACUGUACCGAUGAAUCUAAGGAGUUUGAGCGUGACUGCAGGGGCGAAUAUCUUGUCUAUGAAAGAGAUAACGAAGUGAGGGCGCAGAAGCGGGAAUGGAAGAAGUACGAUUUCCACUACGACAAUGUGCUUUGGGCCCUUCUCACCCUCUUCACCGUAUCUACGGGAGAGGGGUGGCCGCAGGUGCUGAAACAUUCAGUGGACGCGACCUACGAGAAUCAGGGCCCGAGCCCAGGUUACCGGAUGGAAAUGUCCAUCUUUUACGUGGUGUACUUCGUGGUCUUCCCCUUCUUCUUUGUCAACAUCUUCGUGGCUCUCAUCAUUAUCACCUUCCAGGAGCAAGGAGACAAGAUGAUGGAGGACUAUAGUCUGGAAAAGAAUGAGAGAGCCUGUAUAGACUUCGCCAUCAAUGCCAGGCCGCUGACACGCCAUAUGCCACAGAACAAGCAAACCUUUCAAUAUCGCAUGUGGGAGUUUGUGGUGUCCCCUCCAUUUGAAUACACCAUCAUGGCCUUGAUUGCCCUUAACACCAUUGUCCUUAUGAUGAAGUAUGAUGGAGCAUCAGAUGCCUAUAAUGCAGUGUUAGCCAACCUGAACAUAGUGUUCACCUCUCUUUUUUCCAUGGAGUGCAUAUUGAAGAUCAUUGCCUUUGGAGCAAUGAAUUACUUCAAAGAUGCCUGGAACAUCUUCGACUGUGUGACUGUACUUGGCAGCAUCACUGAUAUUUUGGUGACGGAGCUCGGGAACAACUUCAUUAAUCUGAGUUUUCUGAGGCUCUUCAGAGCUGCCCGACUCAUUAAGCUUCUCAGGCAGGGUGAGACCAUACGCAUCCUGCUCUGGACCUUCGUCCAGUCCUUUAAGGCUCUGCCGUAUGUGUGCCUACUCAUCGCCAUGCUGUUCUUCAUCUAUGCCAUUAUCGGCAUGCAGCUGUUUGGAAACAUUGCAAUUGAAGAGGAUGCAGAGAGUGCUAUUAACCAGCAUAACAACUUCAGGACGUUUUUCCAGGCUCUAAUGCUGCUCUUCAGGAGUGCUACAGGUGAGGCGUGGCAUGACAUCAUGCUGUCGUGUCUGGGAAAGAAGGAGUGUGAUCCACUCUCUGGUAACAGUGAGGCAGAAUGCGGGAGCGAGUUCGCCUACCUCUACUUCGUCUCAUUCAUCUUCCUCUGUUCCUUUUUGAUGCUGAAUCUGUUUGUGGCUGUGAUCAUGGAUAAUUUUGAGUACCUCACACGUGAUUCCUCCAUCCUGGGUCCUCAUCACUUGGACGAGUAUGUGAGGAUAUGGGCGGAGUAUGAUCCUGCCGCUUGCGGGCGCAUUCAUUAUAAGGAUAUGUACAGUUUAUUGCGAGUUAUCGACCCCCCUCUGGGCUUAGGCAAGAAAUGUCCUCAUAGGGUGGCCUGCAAGAGACUCUUGCGGAUGGAUCUGCCGGUUGCUGAUGACAACACAGUGCACUUUAAUUCUACCCUUAUGGCCUUAAUCCGCACCGCUCUGGACAUCAAGAUCGCCAAGGGUGGGGAAGGAGGUAUAGAUAAACACCAGAUGGAUGCUGAACUAAGGAAGGAGAUGAUGGCGAUAUGGCCCAAUCUCUCACAGAAGACUCUGGACUUACUGGUGACGCCCCACAAGGCAGCAACAGACUUGACAGUAGGAAAGAUCUACGCUGCCAUGAUGAUCAUGGAGUAUUACAGGCAAAGUAAAGCCAAAAGGACGCAGGCUCUUCACGACGAUCAGAAUCGAACGCCAUUAAUGUUUCAGCGCCUGGAACCGCCAUCUCCGGGCCAGGACAUCGGGCAGGGACUCACUGGACUUCCUGACACACAAAAUCACACCGCUAAUCAUCUGGGUGUUGAGGAAGGGAUCCCGUCAAGCCAGUCAUGGGUAACGGCACGAGCUCAGGAGAUGUCACAGAAAGCAGGCAACUGGAGUCCUGAAGGCCAAAACCCAGAUGACACAGAAGAUAACCACAGACAAUCUCAGCAGACAGUAGAGAUGAGAGAGAUGGGGCGGGACGGGUUCUCGGACACAGAGCACUAUCUGCCGAUGGAAGGCCAUGGCAGAGCUGCUUCCAUGCCUCGACUCCCAGCAGACAACCAACAGACUAUCACUGAUAACAGUCCUAUGAAGCGCUCAGCUUCGUCUCUGGGUCAUGGUCGCCAAGGUCGGUCAAUGAGAGGUGAUGACUACACAUUGGAGAGGGUCAUCCCAGAAGAGGGUCAAAGACAUGGGCAUCGGCAUAGGGAUCGCAGCCAUCGCGCGUCCGAGCGCUCCCUUAGCCGCUACACUGAUGCCGACACAGCAGGUCUUGGUACAGACCUCAGCACCACCACACAGUCAGGAGACCUGUCAUCAAAGGAGAGGGACCGGGGCCGGGCCAAAGACCGGAAACACCAUCACCACCACCAUCAUCACCACGGCUCUGUCGAUAAAGAGCGAUACGGACACGAAUAUAGCCACAGACAGUCAAGAGAGGGAGACCGUCGCUGGUCUCGCUCGCCCAGUGAGGGGAGAGAGUGCCUAACUCACAGACAGGGCAGUAGUUCAGUAAGCGGGAGUCCAGUCCCUUCAACCUCUGGGACCAGCACGCCCCGACGCGGCCGGCGUCAGCUGCCCCAAACCCCUGCUACGCCCCGGCCCCAUGUCACCUAUUCCCCCGUGGUCCGUAAGCCCAACAGCACCCCCCCUCCUGGCCAGCAGAACCGACUUCCCACCCCAACCUCCCGUCGGUUUUCUCCACCUGGCCCCGAUCCCCCGGCCCCAACCCAUCGCCACCCUUCCCCUCCCCAGCACGGUUCCACCCGUCACGCGCACUGGGGCCCCGACCCUUCAGAGGGCAUGGAGGGCGAUGGUUUCUAUGACGACCAAGACUACGAGUUCAAUCACCACGAGCCUCCGUCCUACGAGCAAAGCCCCGUCCAGGGCAACCCUCAUCCCCAUUCCCCCAGGACUUCCCGUCACAGUGGCCCACCUCAGGGUCAGCCACAUCCCCGCCGUAUGCCAAACGGCUACCGGUCCUCCUCUCCUUCUCCACACCACCAGGCCCCCACACACCCGGGACCUCAUAAACCUCCCCAUCCUAGAGGGCCCAGGAAGGGCCUCCAUGAACCUUACAGUGAAACUGAUGAGGAUGAUUGGUGCUAGCCUCUGGGAAGAGGGGAGGGAGGGUGCCAGAAUGGGAUCAAAUGGAUCCCUCCACAUGGAUUGCCGCCAUACGGAUAACAGAUCUCAAAGCAAACAGGAGACUAUAUUCUCGAGUCUGCGCUGUCCAGGGAAACACUAGGCAGUGUUCUGAAUGUCCACAGGGAAAUCAAGGCAUGUUUUUUUUUUAUUCUUUCUUUUUUCAAUUUCUCCACUGCCAAGUGUUUCCCUGAAAGGGACGGACUGCUUACUGUCAAUAUGAAGACUGGGGAGAUGAAUAGCCUUUUGUUUUUGAAGAAAAGAAAAUCCUCUAUGUUUUGAUGAGGAGGUGGAAUGUCUGAACUUUCAGGACGUUUCAUGCAGUCCCUCCUUAAGCGAAGUGACAGGCCGUAAUGUUGAUAUGUCGCUAAUCUUAGAAAUAUGAGAAGCUCUCUUAACACUCAAAAAAAAGAAGGAUCACCUGUCUUUUUAUUUUGCAGAACUUGACUGGAGAUUUGUUUAUUGCAAAAAUCAGUCCAGAGGCUGGGAAAUAUUGAUGAGUUUUAUCAUCUACUGUUAUUUAUUGUAUCCCAGUUGUGGUUUGGGAAUGGGCAGAGGUGAUCUCACCUGGACAGUUAAGAAAGCCCACCCUGCACUUCAGAACCCAAACUCAAGAAAGCCGAAUCGCUAACAAAAAAAACCGGAGCGAAAAAUGAAUAGCUCUUCACUCUUUCUUCUUCUAUGGCUUCGUCUUCUGCUUCUCAUUGGAAACAUUGGAGUUUGAAUCUUCUGUUGCACUGCCCAGCUUACUUUGAACUCCUAGAAAAUAAAUCCCUUGGAAAUCCUGCAUGAUUGAAAAAAAAACAAGUUAAAAAAUAUAAAUGAAGAAACUUUUGAUAAAUAGGGGAAAGGGGGGAUAAAAUCAUUGGCUUUUUUGUCAUGUCUCUAAAGUUUUCUCUCUCUCCUAUCAACACCCACCCUCUCUUUCUCUUACUCUCUGUCAUCUCUUUCUCCAAAAGUUGUGCUUGCACGCCAUUGGUAACAUUCAAAGUUCAAACACAUUUUGUGCCAAAUGACACAUUAAACUACCAAAAAAUAAAGAUGAAUUAUAAAUGAAUAGCACAAUUAUUUUUAAGCUAAAGACAUUUACAUUCCUCUGUAGAUAGUUGAUUUGUUCACUUGCACAAAAACUGAUAUAGUAGCACACACACAGUAUACACACAAACAUAUAGCAGAUAAAAGACAUCUUCGAGCACUACAAGUGUCUUCCAGGGUAUUAAUGCAGAGAGCGAGAGAGAUAGAGAGGGGGUUGGGUGAACGAGAAGAGAGAGAGAACCUUUCCAUUUUUAGAUAUGAUUUUUUUGUUGAUAAUAACAAUGUGUGUAUAAAGAUUGUCACAUAAUUGAUGAUGAUGACGGUGAUGAAGAUGAUGUUUUUCAUUUGAUUUUCUAUCUGUUUUUGUAGCCUGUUUGACUUCGCUGCUCUCUGCAUUGCCAUACAUGUUGUCAUGUGAGUUGUGUGUAGAUGGUGCGUGGAGCUCUGUGAUUGUAAUCCAUUGACAGGAACACAUCUGACCUUCUACCAAUGUCUUCGGUAGCUCUGUGACAUGAGCUGUUUCCAUGGAAACCCAUUCUCAGCCAUAUCACUGAGCGUUAAUGACAGUUCGAAAGCAUGCUCCGUCUGAUCUCAAGUCUCUGUAACUGUGAACACUUUGUAUCGAGAAGAAAUUGGAUUUGAGUGAAUGAGAGGAGAGAUUAGUUAUUGAUCGUACUAAUAAUAUGCAUUUUUAUAGGGGUUUUAGAUAUUUAGGUUGCGGAUGAUUAUUUACGUUUUAGGUCUCCUCUCUCGCUCCAUAUUAAUAAUAUCGAGAGAGAGAAAAAGAAAGAUAUUUAACACCGUUUUUAAGUUGAUUCGAUACAAAAGUAUGAAAAGAUAACUGAGCUCCACUACCUCUACUUGGUCAGCAGAUGGCGCUGUGAUCCACAUUGUUGGGCAGCCAGUGGUCUUGGUUCUGACUGUGGGUCUCGCAUAUUUCUGUUUUAUGUUUUUGUCAAUGACCUGUACACUGAGAGUACUACUAUGUGUCUGUCACAAAUGGUGCACUGUUCUGUGUUCAGGAAAUGUAACACAGCCAAUCAAACUGCACAUGUAACACAGCACAGAAACAUGUAACAUCAAAUUGCAUGGGUGAAACAAUGACCGGGCCUUUUCUGACAAAACUCGUCUCUUGUGUCCCCCUGAUCUUUGUGUGUUUUCGGCCCACGUCCUCUGCGGAGUGACCCAGCAUACACAGACACACUGCCGAACUCAUCAUAACCUGCAGCAUGUGCAAAUUAUAGUGUAUGUAGCAUUACUAACAUAGUAUUAUCAUCACGCACACACUUUACUCGAUUCUGGAUGUAGCAUUCGUUGUGUGAUAUAAGAGUGAAACAGUUGGCAAAUUUACGCCUCUCCAGGUUCAGUAUCUCCCUCGUUAAGCGUUUUUUGAAUGGUUUAUCUAUGAAUUACAUUCUUAGGGAUGUAUUACUGAGAUCAGUGCCUUAUUCACUUUUUGCUAUGUCAUAGAUGUCGUAUUUAGAGUGCAUGAUGCAGCUGCAAUGUGUUGGUUUGCAGUGCUUUCUUUACACAGAAAUUUAGUUUUGAAAGUAUUUCAGCACACACAUUUCAUAAAAAGUUUGAGUUGAGAGUAAGGUGAGAGUAAAAUGUUUGUGAACUCUGUGUUGGUCUGUGUAUUUGUACAGGAUCAAGAGAAGUUUGUCGAAAAUUCAUAGUGCAAAUGAUUUUUCAUGCAGUUGUGGACAGAAAUAUUGGCACCCUUGGUUAAUAUGAGCAAAGAAAGCUGUGGAAAUAAAUCUACAAUGUUUCUCCAUUUGAGCUUUAAUUUAAAAACAUCACAAAAAUGCAAUGUUAAAAAAUAUUUGAAAGUGCGGGGAGAAUCAAAUCAUCAUUUUUUUUUAUUAUUGAAUCCUUUUUUCUUCUCUAUUUGCAAGGAUAACAGCUCAGAGUCUGCUUUUAUAAUCUUUCAUGAGAUUGAAGAAUUCAUGGCAAGUGAUCUUAGAUUAUUCCUCCAUACAAAAUUUCUCCAGACCCUUUAUAUGUUGGUUCCUCUUUAUUUCACUUUAGUCAUUUUCUGUAUGGUUCAGGUCAGGGAACUGGGAUGGCUAUGGCAGAACCUUGAUUUUGUGCUUAGUGACCCAUUUUUUUGUUAAUUUUGAGUUUUUUUCAAACCAAUUUCUUAAUGAAAGAUUUAUCUACAACUCGUUAUAAGGUUUUUUAGCAGAGCAAGUCACGUUUUUACUUUUUUAUCUUUUUUAUAUAUAUAAUCCAUGACACCAUGUAUCUGAUGUCCAGUACGUCUAGUAUAAAAGUAGCUUCACCACAGUAAAGAUUCUGGGGUACACGCUCAGAAAUAAAGGUACAAAAGUUGUCACUGGGACAGUACCCUUUCAAAGAGGUACACCUUGGUACCCAAAGGGUGCAUAUUAGUACUUCAAAGGUACAUAUUGACAGUUCAAAUAUACAUAUUUGUAGCUAAAUGGUACAUUUUAGGAACUUUUAAAGGGUACUGCCCCAGUGACAGCUUUGUACCUUUAUUUUUGACAGUGUAUAUUUAACUGUUGACAUGGAGCACGUUUUAAUCCCUGUGUGCAGAAAAGCUAUCUUGUGUUUCUGCUGACAAUAAACUCUUUUCCUUUCAUAUGGUUGUGAACCCAGUCCUAUUUAAAGUUUCAGUAUGCAAAUGUAUUGUGCUGGAGUUUGUUUUGGUUUUAGAGUAGAGGAUUUUCUUUAAACUGUGUCUGAAACAACUUGAGGUGAUGGUGGUCCUAUUUUCCUUUAUUUAAUUUUUUAAGCUUUCUGACCACAAGAUUCAAUUGAUUUCUGAAAUUAUCCAUCUGUGGUCAUUGGAGAGUCUUUUUCCAAUCAAUUUUUUUUACUUGCUGAGUAUUAAGAUGAUAUAGACACGCGUCCUCUUUCAGGCAGAUUUGCAACAUCUCCAGUCGAUUAAAACGUCUUUAUUAUUGCCCUGAUUGUGAAAAUAUAUGUUUUUAUGGUUUUAACUAUUUCCUUAAAGCCACUUUUCAACUACUACGUGUUGCUCAACAAUCUUUUGCUUGACAACAUCAUGUUUCUAGUCACCUUUGGUGUGCUAAGAAAAUUUAAACAUCAAUGGGAAUAUGCUUCAGAGAUUUUUUUACUCAUAAAAAUGUCUAGGGGUGCCAAUAAUUGUGUCAAGUGUACAUUAUAGAAAAACAUUUAUUUAUCAUGUAAUAUUUCCCCUAUUUCAAUUGUUUAACUUCAAUAAAACAUUGUAUUUUGUGGUUUUCUUUUUAUUAAAAAAAAAAAGAAGAAAAAUCUUAGAUUUAUUUUCAUAGCUUUCUUUGCUCGUUUUUACCAAGGGUGCCAAUAUUUGGUCCACAACUGUACUCUUAACUUUGUGCGUGUUUGUCUGAGGCUGUAAAAGAAAAGGAAAGAAAAGCAACAGUCUGGAUAAUCAUUGACAUUUCUCACUGUCUGUUCAAAUAAUUCAUCACUACUAACAACCUCAGUCCAUGUUCUGCUAACAAGUGGCAAGUAAAAAUACAAUGCCAUCAAGCAAUGUGGGCGUCACAUUGUAAAAAAAAAAAAAGUUUAAAGACCUUUUCUUUCUUCAGAUACAAAAAAGUGUAGAAAAGUAUGUACCUCAAGAACUGCAUGUGCUAUGUGCAUGCCACAGCAUUCAACAGCGGGAAUAAAAAAGGAACAUUUUGUAGAAAAACACACAAGUACAGAUCAAUCUUUUUUAAAGUAAUACAUUCCUUUAUGCUCUAUUUUUAAAACAAACAAAAAACUAAUACAAUCGUAACCUGGGGAGGAAAAUAAGUUUGGUGUGAUUUGAAAGUUCUGUUCUUUCUUCUGUUUCUAGCUAUUUUUUCUGCAAACUUAAAAGAGAGACACUUCACACUAUGUUCAGGACACAACAUGACUGAUGUCACACACAAAAAAAAGAAAUAAAAGUGUCAAGAACCA